UUCCACAUUGAUAAAGUUUUCUUCUAAAAGAACACAAGCGGUCCUCGCCUCUCGCGCGGCGCAGUUGUGGUAAGCAAGAUGGCGAGUUUGAAAGAGUUAAGUUUGUCGAUUAAUCAUGUUUCUGGCGUUGGGAUGGUCCAUCAACAGUAUGUUUCUCAUCUUCAUCUUUCGACCUACAGCUUCUUGAAUGAGACAGUCCGGUGCCAUCUUUAAGGAGUCGGACAACUGCCAACCCAGGUUCGACGACGACUUCUGCGACGUACAAGAUUUGGGUAGGGACAACGGCGUGGCCGGGACAAACAGUUUAAAUGGAAACGGAUACGGAGGAGGAGGUGGGAGCGCUUCUGACAGUAGCGACCAAAUGGAUUCAGACGCUAGGGCGCGAGAACUCGCCAGAAGGAAAGAGGAGGCCAAAAGGAAGCGGCGCAAAAAGAAGCGCACCGGAUCGUCACUCGUUUCCUCCUGUUUUCAAGACCUGUACAAGUUGACGGGAGAGAUACUGGGCGAAGGUGCGUACGCCAGUGUGCAGACCUGUCUGAAUAUGUACACUGAUCAAGAGUUUGCGGUGAAGAUCAUCGAGAAGGUUCCGGGACAUGCGCGGGCACGUGUUUUUAGGGAGGUCGAUACUUUUCAUCAUUGUCAGGGACAUCCCAAUAUCAUUCAGUUGAUCGAGUUCUUUGAGGAUGAGGAGAAGUUUUACUUGGUGUUUGAGAAGGUAAAUGGUGGCCAACUGCUCAGGCGAAUUCAAGAGCACAAGUUCUUCAGUGAGGCAGCCGCAGCCGAAAUCAUACAAGAGAUUGCUUCGGCGUUGAGCUUCAUGCACGGGAAGGGUAUCGCACAUCGAGAUUUGAAACCCGAAAAUAUCUUGUGUGUGCAUCCGGAUCGACUAUGUCCCGUGAAAAUUUGUGAUUUGGAUUUGGGUUCCGGCAUUCGCUUUCAAGCAAGCGUUUCCAGUCCCUUGGCAACACCACAACUAUUAACACCGGUUGGUAGUGCCGAAUUUAUGGCGCCCGAAGUGGUGGAAGCAUUUAUCGGCGAGGCGGACACCACCACGUACGACAAACGCUGUGAUUUAUGGUCUUUGGGUGUUAUAAUGUACAUUUUGCUCUGCGGCUAUCCGCCGUUUUACGGCAAGUGCGGCGGCGAUUGCGGCUGGGAACGCGGCGAUAACUGCUCGGCUUGCCAAGAUCUACUCUUCCACAGCAUUCAGGAGGGCCGUUACGAAUUUCCCGAACAGGAAUGGGGUCACAUUUCGGCGGAGGCGAAACAUCUCAUAUCGUCUUUGCUGGUAAAAACUGCUAGUCAACGUAUCGGCGCCUCCGAGGUGUUACGCCAUCCUUGGCUGACUCGGGCUUGUGAUAAUUUGCAUCUUGCUACCCCCGAAGUUAUAAAACGCAAUAACUCCGUCAGGGAGCUUUCACAGUUUGCGGAAUCCGCAAUGGUGUGUAAUCGUGUCGUGCUUCAACAUUUCAGUAUGAAUCUGGAUUAUCUGGAACGUCCGAACGUUUACCCAUUUUCAUCGCCACCACCGUUGGGAUUGAGCCCUCCGAGCGAGAGCAAGCUGUUGCAACGAAGGACGGCGGCGGCUACGAAAACUCACAAUUCCUGCCAGUUCUUGCAUUUGACCCACUCUCCAUCGGCAACCGCCAUUGCAAGUCCUAGCAGUUAAAUUCUCUACCUUAAGUUUGUUAUAUUUUUAUACAUACAAGUUGUGAUUUCUUUGUAAUCUAAAACUUAAAUUUGAGUUACUCUUAUUGCAAGGUUUAAAAGGUCGAAGACGCAUUUUCUGUUGGAGUCAUACGGGUUACAAAUGAUGCCAAGUCGUUGUCACUUGGAUUUUGAUAAUACGCCUUGCAAUGCUAUAGUUCUCAUAAACGUAUGGUUUUGCAUGAUGUCAUAGGAGGCCUCUAUAUAUGUAUAUAUAAUAUGUAUAUACGAGGAAUUGCUUGUAUUUUUAAUACUUUUGUACUUUGUGAAGUAGGUUGGUGCAGCAUAAAGUCUAUUGUGAUAUCUUCUACUACUGACUGUAGGCGAAAUAUUCGUACCUGCAUCGUUAAAUUAGUUGUCAAAAUAAUAUAAUUGUUAGAGACUACUUGUUACUGCGCCAACAGUCCAAUUUUUUUAUUCGGUCCCAUUGUAAUUUUCAAAGUGUAUAGAUUAAUGCUCAAAAUACGUGUUGGUAAGAAACGAAGACUAAAGCUUUCCAAGCGACGAAUUGAAUCGUCGCCGAGAUUGAAGUGUGUAAAUAAAGAUGUUGACGCGAAUUGAGAAAAUUUUUGUUGCCUACUACUUUAGUUUUCCUUUCUGGAAGGCACACGCUUUCCCAUUUAAAGUACUCAUGUUGGACUUGACAGUAAAGUAACAUGUAUGAGUGUCGUCGAAUGGCAAACGAAUGAGUUGUAUGGCUGUGCUAAGUUUCAGCUGUAGUACUUUCUCUAACUUAGCUUAAGAAUAGCAUUUACUGCUGUAAAUUAGCGGUACUAAUGCGUCUAUUUUCAAUCAAAUGAUACCAAAUAAAAUUAUAUAUAAAUGAAGCAAAAAUGAUUUGCAAGUCUAAAGGCUAUCUGUGCCAUGUAUAAGUUGUUAUUUUGUAUUAUGUAAAGGCUCCCGACAUAGGGGUCGCUAAUAUGUAAAGUAACUUGUGUUACUAAAAGAACUGAAGAGAUCCUGUUAAUUUUACAUUGUUUUUUUUUAUUGCGCAAUAACUUGGGUCAGUUAAUUUGAUUAUACAGAUGAAACAUUCAUUAUGUACCAAGUGUGCUUAUUUCACAUAAAGAGCAAUUUUUCUAGA